AUGGUUGCCGAACCCGUUCAAGCAACGGUAGAAACAAUUACUCACGUUUAUGACUUGUCCCUCAAUUUCCUUUCAAAUCAACGAGACUACAUCUCACAGAAUGAGUAUGUAGAUAAAGUAUUAGCAUUGAAUCCAUUUUCAUCUACGUCAUCUCCACAACCCAAGUUGAUAAAUACGAAGGGUAAUAGUCGAUAUCUCCUGUUUUUCAAUGAAAGGUAUUUCUCCAAGAAGAAAGUAGUACUAUACUCAUCCAUUUUGACCAUUGGAAUCGGUAUAUAUUCAUUCAAGAAGAUGCGGGGCAACGGGGUUGGCUUCAAGGUGGGAGAAAAGAAACCCAAUGCAGAAAAUAUCUCAGUAAAGAGAAGAGUUCCCAAGCUCUAUAAUGGAGCUAGAAGAGAUUUGAUCCUUGUAAUUGGAUCGCCAACCGAACCUUUAACAAGAUUAAUUGCAUUGGACUUUGAGAAGAGGGGGUUUAUUGUGUACUUGACAAUCAUAGACGAGAAGGAUCUAAAAUAUGUCGAGCUGAAUCUUAUAACAGAUGAUCUAAAUUAUCUCAAUUUGAAUAAUUCGUAUAGCUUUGAAUUGCAAUUGACCAAGUUCCAAAAAUUCUUGAAUACUCCAGUUGUUCCCUUUUCAGGAGCCAAACCACAUAACUUGAGACUAAAGGGUUGCGUAUUCACACCGAGUUUGUAUUUCCCAAUUGGUCCUAUUGAGAACAUAACGGUUGCAUCUUGGGCCAAAAUUUUGGAAAGGUACCAUGUUAUCUUAAAAUUAUUGUCUUCAGGCUUGAUUUCUUUAGCAAGGCAACAACAACCGCAUUCCAAAGUGAUUGUGAUAUCUUCUAACAUCUUGUCCUCAUUAAAUUUGCCUUACCAUGCACCGGAGACAUUUUACCAGAAAUCAAUACAGAAUUUGUUUGCCUCAUUGAGUAGGGAAAUAUCUCAACACAAUAUCUCCGUUACUCAAGUUAAGCUUGGGAAUUUGAAUAUUUCCAAUGGGGCAGCUUCGAAGAGAAUUAGCACACCUUCUCCAUCUUUAUCAACUGCGAACUUGAUCCAAUCAGAAAUCAGGGGUUGGGACGACGAUAUGAAAGAUUUAUAUGGGGAAAGCUUUUCCAAAUCUCAAUAUAAAUCGAACCCAAUUAAGAAUUACUCUAGAGGUGCAGCUGGAGGAUUGGGAGUUAUAAGAGGUGGUGGAAGUAACUUAAGAGACUUAUACCACCAAUUGUUUGAUUUACUUUAUCCGAAGGACGAACUGAAGUUGAAUCCUACUACGGUCUUCUGUGGAACUGGUGCCCGUACAUAUGAUUGGAUUUCAAGCUUGUUACCAGGUGACUUUCUUACCUGGUUAUUGACCUGA